CUGCCCCAGCAUGAAGGUGAAACGGUGUGCGAACAGAUAAGCAAGAAACUUUGUUUCCGCGCCUCGGGCACCUGCCAAAAUGUAACACCAGCUCAGAAGUGAUUUCAUCGUUCAGCGGAGCGAACAGUGAAUACCGAAUUCCUUGCAGAAAGGGUGAAAGGUCAUUUGGUUCGCCUGAUCCAGAGUUUCAUAUAUUUUGGAGUCCCUGGAGAUAACAAACGGACAAAAUGGUGUCGGCAGAGACAAUCGGAUCGAUAUUCAUAAAAGUUUUUAAACUGGUUCUAAACAUCGUAAUCCUCAUCCUGUAUCGUACCGGUUAUGGCGGAGACUUUCUCGGUGUGGGUGGCACGUGGAACCUCAACGAGGAGAAAAGUCCCGAUGCGGAGAUUGUGGCGUCCGGAGUAUUUGUCGGCUACUUCAUUUACACCUCGGUUCAGCUAAUUACGUUCGCCUUCGGAACGACCAAGUUGAAGCGGGAACUGUCGGACACGAUAAUGAACGUCGUCGGUACCUUCAUGUGGGUUGCCGUGGGAGGAACGGCUCUCCACUACUGGCACGGUUACCUGUCGGAGUACGAUUUCCAGCACAUUUCACCGGAGCGAACGGCUGGUCUUGCUCUUGGUUCACUUUGCGUCGUCUCCGGUGCGCUCUACCUGGCGGAUUCGGUGCUGGCAUUUAUACACUAUGCCAAGCAUGAGAACAGCAAAUACUAAUUGAAGGAGGGUACCAGUCCGUCGACUUAAUUAUACCGCUAGAUUGUAAGCUUGAAUUAUUACCGUCUAUCGCGAUGCUGUCCCAAAAAAAGCAUCGCAAAGUAAAGUAAAGCCACAGGCUCGUAGGUGUACAAACGAGAGGAAAAACUGUCAUAAUUCAUAAGUAUUGUUUAAGAUUAUCAACGCUACUUCUCCAAGUCUCUUACUACCAACAAUUAUGAAAAAAAAGUUGUAAGUAGCAAUUAACGACAAUUUUCAUUUAUUUACUACUUAAAUAAGCAACAUUGGAAUUGUGAAAUACUUUUACAAACAAGCAGUGGAAUGACUCAACGCUAAUUACAAGCAAAUAAACUAUUUCUCAUUGUCACAGUAACUAGUAACAAGUAACAGAUUGGAAAACUAUUCAUAAAACGAACCAUAGAUCAAAUCAUGUUCCAUUAUUAUUUUACAAUUACACAAUAAAUUAGGUUAAGGGA